GACACUUUUCAAUCACCCAACUUGUUUGGUUUUUCUCUUUCUAUCUUGAAAAAAAAAAAAACCAAUGUUUCUUCUUCCUUAACUGAUUCUUGCCGGAUCUCCCUCAAAGUUCUAAUCGAGAUGGCGAGGAGUAGACUGGUUACUGGUCAUGGGAUAUGGAAGUACUUCAACCCUGCUUAUUGUCACGGAAGAACUAUGCGUCUAGCUUUGCUUUUCAUCCUCUUCAUCUCUGUUUCAAUGGUCGUUUGGGACCGUCAAACGCGUGGACGUGAUCACGAGCUUGAAGUUUCGAAGUUAAAUAAACAAGUCUUGCGGUUGCAGCGGAUGUUAGGAGAUGUAAAAAGCGUCAAGGAGGAUGCAACUGUGAGGACACUAAAGAACGUCAAGGAAGAACCGGUUGAUGCACAGCGAAAGCAGAGAGUAAAAGAAGCAAUGAUUCAUGCUUGGAGUUCAUAUGAAAAGUAUGCCUGGGGAAAAGACGAGCUUCAGCCCCAGACAAAAGAUGGCGUUGACAGCUUUGGUGGCUUGGGAGCGACUAUAAUAGAUGCACUAGAUACACUCUAUAUAAUGGGUCUACACGAGCAGUUUCAGAAAGCUAGAGAGUGGGUUGCAACAUCAUUAGAUUUCGACAAGGACUAUGACGCCAGUAUGUUCGAGACAACCAUAAGAGUGGUGGGAGGGCUUCUCAGCUCGUAUGAUCUUUCUGGGGAUAAACUUUUCCUUGAAAAGGCCAAGGAUAUAGCAGAUAGAUUAUUGCCUGCAUGGAACUCUUCAUCUGGGAUCCCAUAUAAUAUUAUCAACUUGAGGCAUGGAAACGCUCACAACCCUACAUGGGCAGGGGGAGACAGUAAUCUUGCAGAAUCUGGUACUGAACAGCUCGAGUUUAUUGCCCUUUCUCAGAGAACUGGGGACCCUAAAUAUCAGCAAAAGGUAGAAAAGGUCAUUACAGUACUAAAUAAGAACUACCCUGCUGAUGGUUUACUUCCAGUCGAUAUAAAUCCCGAUACAGCUGAACCAUCAUACUCGACCAUAACAUUUGGUGGCGGGGGAGACAGCUUUUAUGAAUAUUUACUCAAAGUUUGGGUGUUUGGGAACAAAAAUUUAACAGUGAAACACUAUAGAGAUAUGUGGGAGAAGUCAAUGAAUGGUCUGCUAAGCUUGGUUAAGAAAUCAACACCUUCCUCCUUUACAUAUAUCUGUGAGAAGAGUGGAAGUUCGUUGACCCAUAAGAUGGAUGAAUUGGCUUGCUUUGCUCCUGGAAUGUUGGCUUUAGGAUCAUCUGGGUAUGAUGAUCCUACUCAAGCAAAGAAGUUUCUCACGGUUGCUGAAGAGCUUGCAUGGACAUGUUAUAACUUUUACCAAUCAACACCAACAAAACUAGCUGGAGAGAAUUAUGUCUUCAACUCUGGGAGUGACAUGAGUGUUGGGGCGCUUUCGAACAUCUUGAGGCCAGAGACUGUUGAAUCACUGUUUUACCUCUGGAGGUUAACUGGUAACAAGACAUAUCAAGAUUGGGGCUGGAAUAUUUUUGAAGCCUUUGAGAAGAACUCGCGUAUAGAAACUGGAUAUGUUGGUUUGAAAGAUGUUAAUACAGGAGUUAAGGACAACAAGAUGCAGAGUUUCUUCCUUGCUGAGACGCUUAAGUAUCUCUAUCUCCUUUUCUCGCCCACAACGGUUAUUCCCUUGGACGAGUGGGUGUUCAACACAGAAGCGCAUCCACUUAAGAUAGUGCCCUGGAAGGAUCAGGUGAAUCCCGGACAAUCUAACAGCGUGCAGCGACGCAAACCAAGAGUUACAUUACGCAAGAGGCGUUUUGGUCGGAUGGAACAUAAGUAAGCACGCUCGCUGUGGAAGUUUCUUAACUGAGUAAUGUGGCUUGGCUAUACAUAAAUAACUUUAUAUAUUCAAGGAACCAUUAAAAAAUGAAAUUUCAAGAUAGGCACUUGUUGGAAUAGUUUGACAAAAUAACCAAACAGGUUUGCCUUACCUUAUACAUUGUCUGUUUGUACCCUUGGAAAAUAAGAUUAGUGGAGUAUUAAGUCCUUAUCAAAGUUUA